AGACAUCACAAUCUGCCCCGGUCAACGUCACUCGGAUCCUUACACUCGCCCAUUUUUCCUGCUUCCAACACGUCAACUUCAAGAACUGACUGUUCACCUUGUGCCUAAUAUACCUCACCCCUUGACAUGUGCCACAGUAAUGAGAUAAUCAGAGUUGUUCACGUCACCUGUCAGUGUUAUGGCUGAUCGGUGUACGUCAUAAUCACACCCUCCAGAGUUGUAUGCACAAACUUCCAAGGAGGAUAUGAAGGCAGGAAUUCUUCAGGACUGAGGAGUCUUAAGAUGCAGGGGAAAAAGAGGCUGGUGAGGGAAUGACCAUUUAUAGCUGCUAUAAUGUAACUGAGGAACAGGAACUAACAUUUAGAGGAGAUUAGUGGUCCAGUUGUGUAUAUUAAAAACAAUUUAAGGUGUUCGAGGGAAAUGAUACACACUAAAUAUACCAUCCCAGAUACAAGGAAAAGUUCAGUGUGGUGCCUUGAUUUCUGCGGGUGAAGGAAACGUUCUGCAGCACCAUCACUGCUUGCUCUCUAGGUGGCGCUUGUCCCAUUUUAAAUCUGCUCCAGACGAUACAUUCAUAUCCAUACCACAACUAUUCAUCAUGCUGUGAUUGAAAUGCCAAUUUAAUGAGGGUUUUUUUUGUUUUGUUUUGUUUUUUUGAUGGAAUGGAAAGCUCGUUGUGAUUAAAUGGUUCGGUCCGGAUAAGUUCACUCUCAGAAGUUACCAGAAUUCCCCCUCGUCACUAAAUUAGUACCCUCAAGGACAAUUUAUAAGGUACGUAAUUGGACAUUCGGAUUCUGCUUGUCCUCUCGGGUACAACAUAUGCAACUCCCUAGGUGAAAGAUGCACUCUGAAGACAUGAGACUUCGAGGAAGGAAAAGGUUGGUACAGUUCAGAUACAUCAGAGCGUAAAGCUUUAUACUGUAAAGUUUACAGAUUUUUUUUUUCCAGUUACAUACUCUAAAUACAAAGUGCUGCUGUCAUUUCACAACAAUAUAUACAUUUUAAUACUGUAAAGAUUACAGCAACACCACGAAUAUUUUCUGUAAAAUUACAGCAAAUAAGAGUUUUUUUAAGCAGUACAGGUGAUUAAUACUUUACUGUAAAGUUAAAGUAAAAUUACAGCAAGGUAAUACUUAAAUGCUGCAAACUUACUGUAAAAUUGCACCAAAUAGGGUAUUUAAAAAAAAAAAAAAUGAUGGCAGAAUGAUACUUAACUGCUGUAAAAUUACAGAAAAUUUCACAGAAUUUACUAUUUUUGUAAAAUUACAGCCGAACAAUACACUUAACUGUGGUAAAGUUACAUCAUUCUUUGUCAAAAUAAAAUAAAUACAGUAAGAUUACGCCAGACAAGGUGUUCUUGUCCAAUAACAGCAAAAUAAUACUUUUACUAGGUGAAAUUUCCUCAAUUACAGUAAAUAUUUUUACAGUGUUCCUUUAUUUCUGACCCUUACUGUAAAAUUUAGCUACAUGUUGUUUUUAAGAUGCUUCACUUACUACGUUUCAUACGUGUUUCCACAUGUAGUGCAGAUGUGGUUAGCGCGUUCUCCUCACACCUCCAGGGUCGGGGGUUCGAUUCCCACCGUGGCCCUGUGUGUGUGUGCGGAGUUUGCAUGUUCUCCCCGUGCUGCGGGGGUUUCCUCCGGGUACUCCGGUUUCCUCCCCCAGUCCAAAGACAUGCACGGUAGGCUGAUUGGCGAGUCUAAAGUGUCCGUAGUGUAUGAAUGGGUGUGUGAGUGUGUAUGUGAUUGUGCCCUGUGAUGGAUUGGCACCCUGUCCAGGGUGUACCCCGCCUUGUGCCCCAUGCUCCCUGGGAUAGGCUCCAGGUUCCCCGUGACCCUGAAAAGGAUAAGCAGUAUAGAAGAUGGAUGGUACAGAUGUGUUUGUUUUCCAUAUGCGAUUGUUUAAUGUGAUUGAUAUAUUUUCACGUGAUCUUGUACACGCACGCAUUUAUUUUGAUUUUUCUCACGUCUUUACUCGUGUCCACGUGUGCAAUUUCAGGGCAUGGCAUGUUUAAAUGCACUUUCAAGUGUUUGUUUGGGGUUUUUACUCUUUUUUUUUUUUUGGCACAUGUGGAAAAACUUCUGUCACACGUGAAAUGUAUGAUUUUUCUGCUGGGUCAUGGGUGUGUUGGUGUUUUCGCGCAUGUGUACAGCAAAGAGUUGCGCUCCCUCCAGAGGGGUGUGUGUGUGUGUGUGUGUGUGUGUGUAAUGGUACUUCAGCUCUGUUUGGUGCGUGUGCACACUGGACCGUUAUGAAUGUUCACAGCAUGAGCCCCGCCUCUGCACUCGAACGCGUAAACGCGUGCGCGCGCGCGUUCUCUCCCCGCAUUCCGUCCCGGCGCUCCUGUGUGUCUCACCACGACCAUGUUCACACAGACAGGAUGACGUCUAAAUGUGAAUCCGAUCUACCGUCGAACCGCUCAGCAGACUCAAUGCUGGAGUCGAACGCGUCCAAACUCGCGUCUGAUCCCAGCGCGAGCGACAGCAACGGGAGCACGACGUGCGGCUCGGUGUCCGUCGCGUUCCCCAUCACCAUGAUGGUGACCGGCAUGGUGGGCAAUUUCCUGGCCAUCAUACUGGUCUACAGCGCGUACAUGCGUAAAGAGAACAAACGCAAGCAGUCGUUUUUGCUGUGCAUCGGCUCUCUCGCGCUCACGGAUCUGUUUGGACAGCUUCUCACGAGCCCCAUAGUCAUUUCCGUGUACAGAGCGGAGCUGCAGUGGGAGCGCGUCGACGCGUCCGGGACUCUGUGCUCGUUCUUCGGGGUGUGCAUGACCACUUUCGGCUUGUGCUCGCUGUUUUUUGCGAGCGCCAUGGCUGUGGAAAGGGCUCUGGCCAUCACCGCUCCUCACUGGUACUCCAACAGCAUGAAGACCACCGUCACCAAGCACCUGCUCGUCACUAUCUGGUGCCUGGUGCUGUGCUUCGCCCUGCUGCCCAUCAUUGGAGUCGGGAAGUACACUCUGCAGUGGCCGGGUACGUGGUGCUUCAUCAGCACCGGCGACACAAAUGUCAGUGGGAACACGUUUUUCGCCGUGACCUUCGCCGCGCUCGGGAUCUUCUCGCUGCUCGUCACGUUCUCCUGUAACGUGGUGACGAUCCGCGCGCUGGUGGUGCGCUGCAGAGGCAAACCCAGCGCGUCGCAGUGGGAGAGGCUGACCACCGAGACGGUCAUCCAGCUCAUGGGGAUCAUGUGUGUGCUGCUUGUCUGCUGGUCUCCUUUACUGAUCCUAAUGUUGAAGAUGAUCUCCAACCACACGUCUUCUCAUCACUGCAAACCCUCAGCGAUUCCGCUCCUGGCCAGCCGGGACUUACAGAUGGAUUGCAACUUCUUCCUCACUGCCAUUCGCCUGGCCUCGCUUAAUCAGAUCCUGGACCCGUGGGUUUACCUGCUCCUCAGGGAGAUCCUGCUGAGGAAGUUCUGCCAGGUGGCCAACGCAGUGUCCAACUGUUCACUGGACGGACAGAAAGAGACUCGGAAAGAAACCGCUGUGGACGACGCGAAGAAUCCGUCCCAGGAGAAUGACGAGUGUGAAUACUUUCAAAGGAAAAUUUAUCAACACCUUCUGACCAAUCAGGAUCAGGACUUCAACAGCGCUGUGGUGUAAAAUCCAGUACUGCAAGCUUAAUAUCACCAAAGUCCGUCCAUCCAUCCAUCCAUUUUCUGUACCACGUAUCCUACACCGGGUCGCAGGGACCCUGGAGCUUAUCGCAGUGGACUCGGGGCACAAAGCAGGGGACGCCCUGGACGGGGUGCCAACCCAUCGCAGGGCACGAUCACACACCCGUUCACACAAUACAGACAAUUUGGAAAUGCCAGUCAGCCUAUAACCCACGUCAUUGAGCUGGCGGAGGAAACCGGAGUACCCGGAGGAAACCCCCGAAGCACAGGGAGAACAUGCAAACUCCGCACACACACACAGGGCGGAGGUGGGAUUCAAACCCCCAACUCUGAGGCGUGAGGCAAGUGUGCUCACCAUCAAACCAUUCCAAAAGCCAACAAGAGAAUUUACCAAUUCAGAUCACAUGACUGCUAUUUUUUUUAACGCUGCAUUUGCACCCCCAUUGAAAAAUCUCCAGCCAAUCACGGUAGGAGUGCAUAAUAAAGUGUUUAACACAGUAUUUAAACGCCCGACAACUCUGCUGUAGCUGAUACACUCGUACCAGAACCACAUACACAUGCUGCUACGUCAGUGUCACUGCUGUAUUGAGACGUAAUCACCACACAAAUCAUAUCUGGUGUCUGGUUUCAUUAAACGAUGGGGUAGAAGGAGGCUCUUUGGGGUACUUUGUGCAGUUUACUGCAUUAGAAAUCAACUGAAUGAAUGGAGACUGACUGAAAAAAUAAUAAAAAUUGAUCUCCUCUUUUAAAUCUUCAAUCAGACGUAUUUUAAUUUAUUGGGUGAUAAAAGUGCUGUGCAAUCGCAGUCCCACUCAAACGUUAGUGUCACGGAUUCUGUCCGAGCCAAUUUGUCCAUUUGAUUGUCCAUUACAUUCUCUUGGGUCUCUGUUUUUUAAAAAAAUUUUAUUUAUUUAUUUAUUUUUAAAGAGAGCCACUUAAAGCUACUUAGGGACAAUCUAUUGAAUUUAGAGAUGGAGCAGAAUGACUUUAUGCUGUGAUCACAGAGGAAAGUACGCUAGCCAUUAGCGGAUACGGCUCACCUACUGUCGUAUUCCUGCGUAAUGUAACUAGCUAAU